GGCCCCAGUAGUUGUGCGUCCUCUGCCGAAGAAAUGGUUACGGUGUGCCUCAAGACAGUGUUGGGAUACCUGACUUUAGUCCUUUCAGCCUUUGCUGCACCUUCUCAUGUAGUUGACUACCAUAGUCCAGCCCAUUACUCUUUCGAGUACGGGGUCCACGAUCCCCAGACCGGGGACGUCAAACAGCAAUCGGAGACUCGCAAGGGGGAUGUCGUCAAAGGCCAGUACUCCCUGGUGGAACCUGACGGCAGUGUCCGCACCGUAGACUACACGGCCGACCCCGUCAACGGCUUCAACGCCGUCGUCUCCAAGACCACCGGCGUCCACCCCGUCAAGCCCGUCAAGGUACCGGUGUCCGUCAAACCGGUCGUCAAGUUGGUUCCGGUCCCCGUCAAACCGAAGGUCCCCAUUUACACAGAAGUUUCGUAUGGACCUCCGGAAUAUCUUCAUGAUCACGCCUACGACAGCCACCAUUACGCGUACGACGACGCGGCGAGUUUCUACGACCACGCGCUCAGUUACCCCCACAACGCUCUGGACGUAUAUGGGUUGUCUUAUGGGGAUCCCUACCACGACCUGUACUGAUCUUUACAUCAACGGGAGUGAAACAUUCCGUUGAAGUUUAUCUAAAUACCUUCUGUACAGUUAUUUCUUAACCAGUAAAAUUGUAAAUCUAUAAGAUAUCUUAUAGUUGUGCUGUGCACUAUUUUUCUAUUUUUAGUUGCUAUAUGGUUUAGAUAAAUCAUUGAUUCUGGAUAUUACAAGAAUACUUCUCAUCCUAUUGUAUUAAAAACUCCAAAGACUGAUUUUAUCUGUGUUUAACGACGCUUGUGUGCGCCAAUGACAACUACAAUUGUUUUCUCUUAUUUACUCUUCACAAUAGUCAAAGCUUUAGUAUAUUAAUAGAUAUUUUUCUUUUAAUGAUAUAGUAAGUUUAAAAUAAAAGCGGUAAACAUUACAAAGGUACUUAAAUUGUCUUCAGUGAUUCUCAAGUGAUACCGGUAGUUGUUCUUUAAACUAGCAGAAUUGAAAAACUAGCAAGCUAUAACCAGCUGAGAUUAAAUAUUUUUUAAGUGGAAGUAUCACUAAGCGCAUAACACUCGCUCUCUUUUAUUGUGCUUGGUAAUUUUUAAAUAGCUUAAAAUUAUUAUUAAUAUUAAAACUGCCUUAUUUAUAGAUAUUAAGAUUACUGUCUGAUUAGCUAUAGCCUACAGGGUGUUUGGUAGUUAAUAAAGAUUUUAAGAAAGUAUUAAGCACGCAAAUUAGAAAUAAUGAGAUAUAGCUAUCUAAAUUACGUAUUUUAUCAAAUUUUGCUUGCAAAAUAAAGCCUUAAAAUCUUUUACCCUGACUACCAAACACCCUGUAUAUAUGUUUCACAAGCUUAAUCAAACGAUUUGAACAAAUAUAAAAUAAAAUGUCCAGCAUGUGUUAUUUUUAAUAAAUUAUUACCUAAAUUUAAAAUUUUUUUAAACUCCUUUGAAAUAAACAAUAUUGAUCCGUCCAAA